AUGUCGGCCAUGGAUGUAACCGAAAGUAGUGCGACGCCAACCGCUGAAGGUGAACAAAAGCCUGUUGAAGAGCCAAAAGAGGCUGAGGAGAAGAAGAAUGAUGAAAAUGCUGCAACUGCACCAGCGCAAGAAGAGACACCCAAAGCAGCCGAACCAACACAACAAGCUCCAACUGAAUCAACCGAACCGAGCGCCACUGCACCCGAACCCGAAAAGAAAGAGAGUGGGGCGGCAAGUGCAGGUGACAGCGACAUAACGUCAACAAUGAAUUCAACCAUUCCAACCCGGCAAUAUCUCGACCAGACUGUCGUUCCGAUUUUGCUCCAAGCGUUGGGUGCUUUGGCCAAGGAACGACCACCGAAUCCCAUCGAGUAUCUGGCCAACUAUCUUCUCAAAGAGAAGGAUCGUUUCGCAAUCACUCCCAGCGAUGCAACACCGCAUUAA